AUGCAAGGUGAAAGUGAAUGCAUGGCGCGUUCUGAAGGAUUCGAUCAAUAUCCAGAACUGGUCUUCCAGAUUUUUGGUGGGAAGGGUGGUGGCGGCAAGUUCAAAGGCUCUGACAAAAGAGUUGUGGUGCCACGCAAUGCUAUCCACUUCCACUUGUUAAUGGUGAACAAUCCAUUAUUCUCCCUCGGUGGUGGUUGCGCUGCCGUCACCGAUAUCGCAGGGUUGAUACAUUCCUAG